CCUUUAGCGACCUGAUUGAAGUGUCGGAUUUACAUACAGAUGGAGUCUGGUAACAAAAGAAAUAAAUUUGUGGACACUUUGCCCCUUCUAACACUAAUCCACCCUUCAUGUAGACAUAAGAAGUAAUAACUUUGAUACAAGGGCUCAGAAAUAAAACACAUUUUUGAUAACAUAAUAAUAUGAUAUCUUUAUUGCAAACUCAUGCCCGAAGGCUAAUUGCAAAAAUACAUGUAUGGAAGUACAAUGAUGAUAAUGAUACUGAAUGGUAUACAAUAUAACAAAGUAGACAUCAAGUGAAAUAGGGGACAUCAACUAGUGAUACUUCUUAUAUUUCUUAUGCAUACUGUUGUAUUGUCAGUAUAUCGAUACCCAUAUAUAAAUAUAAUGCACUAACCCAGCUACCCAACUAACAUCUGUUUUGAAUAAAGAACACUAUCCUGUAUAACUCAAAGUCAAUUGCUUAUUCCAGCCACCCUUGCAGUACGUAAACAACACAACACAUAUCUGUUCUUCCGCAAUUUCCGAGCGAAGUAGAAUAAGAAAAGGUUUGAGCGGCUGAUAGAGAACCAGGCCCAGAGUCAUGUGCUUCGAGGGAUGCGAUUACCCACAAUACUAAGAGUUCCGAGAAUUCACGAAAAUUCCACGAGCAUGCCGCGGCACUCGGAAUUCAAGAUUAGUCGCUCGGCAAUGGUAUCGCCCGUUAGAAAAGCAACAAGCGUUCUAAAAUUUGGCAACGACCCUUCUUGAAGGCAACGGCGGUUUACGAAACGGAAAUUUGCUGCGGCGACACCUAGCUGCAAUGUGAAGUAGUACAAGUCGUUACCGUUAAUAAUCAUCUGGUGUGUUUUGCCAGCCAGUAGGUACCCAAAGUGAGUAAUGAGGCUGUUUAACGUGGUCGAGGCACCUCCUCGAGCGAGUUAAAUGGCAUUAUUUACCCGAAGAAGUUGCCAGGCGGUCACCGAAACGUCAACCCAUGUAAACUAGUCCGUGUAUCUGGAUGGGAAUAAAGAACUUUGUUGAGUCAAGGAGGCUUGGUUGAGUGUACAGUCAUUUACCAGCCUGCGCCUAGUGAAUGCACUUGUGAAUGAACUCUGUCGAAGAAGCAAAGCGCUAACGACCAAAUAAUCAAUCUCCAUAUAUAACACGUUAGUAGAUUUAAUUACCCAUUCAUAGUUUGCUGAAUGUCAAGCAAACCGUUAUUUUACACUGACAUCAUGCAUUAUAUCGGUGGUUUGUUGGGAGGUCAUUGACCUUGUUACACGGCCGGGGCCACUAGGGCCGGAUCUGACGUCAUCACGAGGAAGUAAGUAACACUGAGCAGGUGCGACCGCCAUCGGACUAGAAAAUUGACAAUAGGUUUUCUACCAGUAACUUUCCAGAUAGCUUACAGGCGAGGGUCAGCAUGGGGCAAGGGCAAUCCAAGUCACAGCUACAAAACCGGUCGGACAAGCCGAGAAAGCGAUGGUCAUUGCGUCACCGUUUCCGGCAUCAGAGGACAGCAGGCCCGGAGUGCGGCGCAACUGCAGCCGAUCCAACUUCCGGGCAAGGUGCUAUCGGCGGAAGUGACGUCACUUCGGAUAACCCUGAACUCCCUGAACAAACACAAAGACAACAGCACUGGCAAAGUGAUGAAAGGUGUAGGGAAGAGGAGAACGAAGGGGAAACGCAGGAUGUAAUGGCCUUGCAGCCCAUAGUCAUAGAUGACAAACCAACAGAUUCUAAUGGUGGUCUUGAUGACAUCAUUGCUGAAGUAGUUCCGGACGAAUCAGCAGUUCUUCCAAGCAGGCAAAAAGAUACCAGUAUCAUGGCUUAUCGGACCCAACAGGAAGGUAGCAACAACAGAACCUACAAUAUCGGGCCCCAAUCGGCUGUACACAUCUAUGAAGGGCCGUCAUCUGUGGAAGAAAGGGUCGACAUGAAUACGUCAUCAUUCCCACUUGAAGAGUGCCAGAAGGCAUUGAAACUGCACUAUGAAAAGGAAAUGGGCCAGCUGCACCCCUUGGCUUGGAACCAAGACUUCGUGAUGAAGACAGAUGACAUUUUCACCGAUGUAGAUCUCCUGCUACAAAGUCCCAAGGGUGGAACGGUUAACCGCAAACCUCUUUCGUCCGUGACAGAAGCUCUGGUCGGCAGGUCAGACUGCCCCUGCCCCCGGCGAGUUUUAAUCGAAGGCCAGCCUGGUAUCGGCAAGACCACCACACUGUUCAAAUUAGUUGUCGACUGGGCUAGAGGUGAAAACAAAGCCUUGUCAGAGUUUGACCUCGUCUUCUGUGUAGCGCUAAGAAAGGUAGCGGAGCCCCAAUCACUCGUUGACUGCAUCUUUGACCAGCUGUUGCCGGAAGACAGGCUCCGGAAGAUGCAUCAUUUGAUAAAGCCAGCCUCGAAGAGUAUCUGAAAACAAAUAAGAACGUUCUGAUUGUCCUCGAUGGCUACGACGAAUGGGAUCCGAUAGAGUCUCACGACAUCAGCAAGGUUCUUUGCGGUAAGAUCCUUCGCGACAGUCGUGUCAUCGUAUCAACAAGGCCGUCGCGAACGUCCGACCUGUUGAAGAUGAUGAACCCGGAUACGCGUCUUGAGAUAAACGGUUUCCAUCCGGACAACGUCAGCACUUACGUUCGCAAAUACUUCGGCGGCAACGUCCCCAAAGCAAAGAGAUUACUGGAGAAACUCGAGAGUAAUUUCCUCAGUACGGGGAUAACGUUAACACCGAUGUUUCUGCUUCUCAUUUGCAUAUUGUGGGAGGAGAGAGACGAUCUACUCCUGAGUGACCGGCUGUGUCCCUUGUACGAUCAGCUCAUCCUCUAUCUUGUCACACGCUUCUGUGUGAGAGAGAAUAUCCCAUUUGAUAAUGAAAAGUUGCCACCAAACAUCAACACAGCGGUUCUGUUUGUUGAAAAGAUCGCAUUUGACGGCUUGAUGCAGGGUAAGCUAAUAUUUAAUGAGGAUGAGAUUUCUCAAGGUAACAAAGAACGUUUGGCGACACUUGUCAAAUUGGGUCUCCUCCAUAAGCAACCCAGCCCUUCCAAGUUACGUCCCUCGCCUCAGUACUCUUUUUCUCACAAGACAAUGCAAGAAUACUUUUCUGGGCGAUACAUCGCAUCCUACGUAACAGACCAGGACGAGUCAAUCGGAAGAACACUGUUGGAGGAAAGUUUCGGCACCGUUCGUAAGGUGAGAGAGAUGGACAAUGUGCUCAUGUUUGCAAGUGGAAAGCUGGGAAGAAAGGCUGCAGUCAUCUUCCAACACCUAGCUGACUUUCAUCAGAAGGACCUCGCACCUUUCUAUCAGACCUUCCUGGAGAUAACUCUGCUAUGUUACUACGAGUGGGGACAAAUGGAUGGGUUUAUUGAGCAUUACCUACGAAGGAGGGUCAUACAGUUCUCAAGUCCAAGCCCGCGCCUAUGUAGUGCUCUGGCUAGUCUCAUCAAAUGUGACAAACUCUGUCAGGUACAGCAUGAUGGACUCCCUGGUGUGACAAAUACACACGGCAGCGCGUCCAAUUUGGGAGAAAGAUCCUCACAACAAACCGGGACAGUUCUUCGACUUGUACACACUAGAAGGCUUUGUCUCGGACCCAUCCUAGACACGUUGGGGGUCUGCUCGUCUAUUGUCGAAUUAAGUCUUCGGCAGUCCUCUUUGGGAAGGUAUGGCCCAGCACACACACGGCCAAGUCUUCAACUAUCCCGGCAGCUCCCAAAUUUAAAACGUUUGAGAAAGCUGGUUUUGUCUUGGAACUAUAUGCAAUCAGAGGAUGCUCGGCUGAUCCUUCCUGCCCUGGAGUCAUUGACUUUACUGGAGGAACUGUACUUGUCUGUAAAUGACCUAUCUGGGACCAGUGACAUCUUCUGCAACAUACUGCCAUUUCUGUCCGAAUUGAAGAUUCUGAAGGUCUUUGAUUGUAACAUGACAUCGGAUGAAAUUCAUCGAAUCGGUCUAGCCCUGGUGGAACACUGCAAAAAGAUGCACCAAUUCGACUUUGACGAUAACCGCAUGGACUUUGAUGAAAGACUAAGUGUUCUCAAAAUUCUUAGAUUCUCUUCCACUCAAAAGAUGACAACGGAGUAUAGACAACAAGAACAGAGCUCCAGUAAUGACCAAUCAGCACAAGCAUCUGUGAAGGGGGUUAGGAGACUGCACCGAACAUUGUUGAAAAAGUUGGAUUUUACAAAAUAAUGCAGCAACGCGAAAACGUUAGAUACGGGUGUUACAGCGAUCUCGCUGGGAAAACGAUGAAAUUCCGAAGCACACCUUAUCGCAGAAUUUUGCGCUGCAAUUGAUAUCUGUGUAACGAUGUAACGGAGCCCCGUUAUAUCUACUCAAACUUGUCUAUAACCUCCUGUAAAACUAUGAGAUCUUCAUGGUUAUGUGGAGAAAUAACUUUUGGUUCAGUUAAUAGAUCUAGUUAUACUUUCAGUUAUUCAUUUUGUCAACGGUUUAUAUAGCUACAAUAAUUUUCUUUAUUCCUAACCACGCAGAGUAUGUUAACAUGAGGGAACACGUACGGUGACGACUCAAGGAUGGCAGUGAGCGCAUAGUCAGGAGCAUAAUCUAUUUGGCAACAUCUAGAUGGAACCCAUAAUAAUGAACAACGGGACCCUACCACUAGUUGCAUGGGGGUGGUCCAAACCCCUUAUAACAUUAACACUGUACAAUAGUGGCGUGAGGUGAAGUUUCGAUUACCUCUUCAAUGCAGUGACAAAGGUUACUAGUAUGACGUUGCAUUUGUGACACUGGCGACACCUAGCUGCAGUGCGAAGUAGUACAAGUCAUUAACGUUAAUGGCAUUAUUUACCUGAUCUGAAGAAGUUGCCAGGCGGUCACCUAAAUGUCGGCCCAUACUGUAACGUUAAAUACUGUAUUUGGUUGGGAGUAAAUAAGAACUUUUUGUACAGGUGGCCGGUGUACAAGUCUGAUGAAUACACUUGUGAAUGAACUCUUCUGAACAACAAGCAAACGGCUAACGACCAAAUAUCAUACCUCGAUAUGGCAAAUUUGAAUCUAUUCAUCAUUUGCUGAAUGUCAAGUAAACCAUUAUCAUUUUACACAGACAUCAUGUAUUACUCUUUCGGUGGUUUGUUGGGAGGUCAUUUACAUUGUUAAAGUUUAAACCGGGCCGGAGGAACUAGGGCCGGAUCUGACGUCAUCACGAGGAAGUAACACUGAGCAGGUCUGUCGAUCGCCAUCGGACCGUAACAGGUUUUUCUACCAGUAACUUUCCAGACAGCUGAUAUAGCUGUAUACAAGCGAGAGUCAGCAUGGGGCAAGGACAUUCCAAGUCCCAGGUAAAUGAGCGGUCGGACAAGCCGAGAAAACGAUGGUCAUUGCGUCACCGUUCCCGGCAUCAGAGGACAGCAGGUCCGGACUGUAACGCAACUCUGGCCGCCCAAACUUCCGAGCCAGGUGCUAUUGACGGAAGUGACGUCACUGUUGAUAACCCUGAACUCCCUCAGGACCCGCAGGAUGUGAUGGCCUUGCAGCUCAGAGAUGAUGAACCUCCAGAUCGUGAUGAUGAUCUUGAUGACAUCAUUGCUGAAGUAGUUCCGGACGAUUCAGCAGUUCUUCCAAUCAGGCAAGAAGAUACCAGUAUCAUGGCGUAUCGGACUCAACAGGAAGGUAGCAACAACAGAACCUACAAUAUCGGGCCCCAAUCGACUGUACAUAUCUAUGAAGGGCCGUCAUCUGCGGAAGAAAGGGUCGACAUGAAUACGUCAUCAUUCCCACUCGAAGAGUGCCAGAAGGCAUUGAAACUGCACUAUGAAAAGGAAAUGGGCCAGUUGCACCCCUUGGCUUGGAACCAAGACUUCAUGAUGAAGACAGAUGACAUUUUCACCGAUGUAGAUCUCUUGCUACAAAGUCCCAAGGGUGGAACGGUUAACCGCAAACCUCUUUCGUCCGUGACAGAAGCUCUGGUCGGCAGGUCAGACUGCCCCUGCCCCCAGCGAGUUUUAAUCGAAGGCCAGCCCGGUAUCGGCAAAACCACCACACUGUUCAAAUUGGUUGUCGACUGGGCUAGAGGUGAAAACAAAGCCUUGUCAGGUUUCGAUCUCGUCUUCUGUGUUGCGCUAAGAAAGGUAGCGCAGUCACAGUCACUCUUUGACUGCAUCUUUGACCAGCUGUUGCCAGAAGAUGCAUCAUUUGAUCAAGCCAGCCUCGAGGAGUAUCUGCGAACAAACACGAACGUUCUGAUCGUCCUCGAUGGCUACGAUGAAUGGGAACCGAUAGAGUCCCACGACAUCAGCAAGGUUCUUUGCGGUAAGAUACUUCGUGACUGUUGUGUCAUCGUAUCCACAAGGCCGUCGCGAACGUCUGACCUGUCGAAGAUGAUGCGCCCGGAUACGCGUCUUGAGAUAAACGGGUUCCAUCCGGACAACGUCGGCACUUACGUUCGCAAAUACUUCGGCGGCAAUGUCCCCAAAGCAAAGAGAUUACUGGAGAAACUCGAGAGUAAUUUCCUUAGUACAGGGAUAACGUUAACGCCGAUGUUUCUGCUUCUGAUUUGCAUAUUGUGGGAGGAGAAAGACGAUCUACUCCUGAGUGACCGGCUGUGUCCCUUGUACGAUCAGCUCAUCCUCUACCUUGUCACACGCGUCUGUGUGAGAGAGAACAUCCCCUUUGAUAAUAAAAGGUUGCCACGAAACAUCAACACCGCGGUGCUGUUUGUUGAAAAGAUUGCAUUGGACGGCUUGAUGCAGGGUAAGCUCAUAUUUGAUGAGGACGAAGUUUCUCUAGGCAACAAAGAACUUUUGGAAACUCUUGUCAAAUUAGGUCUCCUCCAUAAGCAACCCAGCCCUUCCAAGUUACGUCCCUCGCCUCAGUACUCUUUCUCUCACAAGACAAUGCAAGAAUACUUUGCUGGGCGAUACAUCGCAUCCUACGUAACAGACCAGGACGAGUCAACCGGAAGAACACUGUUGGAGGAAAGUUUUGGCACCGUUCGCAAGGUGAGAGAGAUGGACAAUGUGCUCAUGUUUGCAUGUGGAAAGCUGGGAAGAAAGGCAGCGGUCAUCUUUCACCACCUUGCUGACCUUCAUCAGAAGGACCUUGCACCUCUCGAGGGCAAUUUCUACGCAUUUUAUGACCGUGGAAUCACAAUUAAGGACUGGAGGAGGGACAGAAAGUUAGACAGCCUUGCUAGUAGAGAAGAUUACUUGACCUUCGAGAUGGCAGGCCUUUUUACUGAAACUCCAGGCAUUCUCUUCGUGUAUCAGACCUACCUGGAGACAACUCUGCUAUGUUACUACGAGUGGGGACAAAUGGAUGGGUUUAUUGAGCAUUACCUACGAAGGAGAGUCAUACAGUUCUCAAGUCCAAGCCCGCGCCUAUGUAGUGCUCUAGCUAGUCUAAUCAAAUGUGAGAAACUCGGUCAAGUACAGCAUGAUGCACUCCCUUGUGUGACAAAUACACAUGACAGCGCGUCCAAAUCAGAAGGAUCCCAGCAACAAACUGGGAUAGUUCUUCGACUUGUACAUACAAGAAGGCUCUGCCUCGGACCUAUCCUAGACACGUUGGGGGCCUGCUCGUCUAUUGUCGAAUUAAGUCUUCGACAGUCCUUUUUGGGUAUGAAUGGUCCAGCACCCACAAGGCCAAGUCUUCAACUAUCCCGGCAGCUCCCAAAUUUAAAACGUUUGAGAAAGCUGGUUUUGUCUUGGAAUGAUAUGCACUCAGAGGAUGCUCGGCUGAUCCUUCCUGCCUUGGAGUCUUUGACUUUACUCGAGGAACUUUACUUGUCUGGAAAUGACAUAUCUGGGACCAGUGACAUCUUCUGCAACAUACUUCCUUUUCUGUCUGAACUGAAGAUUCUGAAGGUCUUUGAAUGUGGGAUGACAUCGGAUGAAAUUCACCGAAUCGGUCUAGCCCUGCUGGAGCACUGCAGAAAGAUGCGUCGAUUCGACUUUGACAAUAACCGCAUGGACUUUGAUGAAAGGCGUAGUGUUCUCAAAAUGCUGACUCAAGAGAUGACAUGUACAACGGAGCAUAGACAACAAGAAAAGAGCUCCAGUGGUGACCAAUCAGCACAAACAUCUGAGAAAGGGGUUAGGAGACUGCACCCAUCAUUGUUGAAAAAGUUGGAUACGGUUUUACAAAUUAAUGCAGCAACUGUGUCAAGUCAGCAGCUAUGAAUUAAAGCGUAGCAUCCGAUUCGGACGUGGAUUCGAAGAAACUAAA